AUGAGGCAGCAUGCUGAGGAGAGUACAAAGAAGUACAAAGCCUUGGCUUGUUUACAGAGUGGAGUGUCUGAUGUAAUCUUCACUAGAAUUAUGGCCUGCAGCACACCUAAGGAAGCAUGGGAAAGGCUGAGGGAGGAGUUCAUGGGGUCAGAUAAGACAAGGCAGCAACAAGUGAUUAACUUGAAGAGAGAUUUUGAGAACCUAAAAAUAAAAGAAUCUAAAACUAUCAAGCAAUACUCAGACAGGAUUAUGGCCACUGUCAAUAGUAUAAGGCUACUUGGUGAAGAUUUCAAUGAGAGUACGGUUGUUGAAAAGGUUAUCACCACUCUCCUUGAGAGAUUUGAGUCCAAAAUCUCAUCACUUGAGGACUCAAGGGAUUUAACAACCAUUUCUUUGUCUGAAUUGACCAAACAUUCAGUGUAUAGCUGUAAGAAAUUUGGCCAUAUAAAGAAAGUGUGCAAGAAAAAAGGGAAGGCACCAGCUCAGCAGCAAAUUCAAGCUCAGGCUGCUGAUGACCUUCAAGCUCAAGAGGAGCAUGCCUUUACUGCUUCCUGUUCUGCAACUUUAAACAAGGCCAGAUGCAAUUGGCUUGUGGAAAGUGGCUGCACGCACCAUAUGGCAGCUGAUAAGAAGCUAUUUAAGGACCUCGAUAGGACCUUUGUUUCUAAGAUUAGAAUUGGCAAUGGAAAUAUGAUUGAAGCCAAAGGUAGAGGCAAUGUGGUGAUCAACAUUGGCUCAGUGGAAGACAUGUCUAAACUUGAAGCUAAAGAUACUAUUUGUGAAGUUUGCCAGCUUGGUAAGCAGGCUAGAUUGCCUUUUCCAGCUAACAUGAAGUCUGAAGUGUUUAAUGCCUUUAGCAAAUUCAAGGCACUAGUAGAAAAUCAGUCAGGUUGCAAGAUCAAGGCCCUGAGAACUGACAAUGGGACUGAAUACUUGUCUGAGAGGUUUCAAAGAUUUUGUAAGCAGGCAGGGAUCCACCAUCAGUUAACCACUGUUUAUACUCCAUAA